AUGCGCAGCCGGGGUGACUUUGAGGCCGGUGGCCGAGGGGGCGGGAGCAGGAUGCUGAACAGGCUCGUGGGGCCCCGCUACGCCCAGCUGCUGCGGAGCUGGACCCCCACAUUGACCACAUGGGGCACCGUAGGCGCUGUGGGAUUGGUGUGGGCGACAGACUGGAGACUGAUCCUUGACUAUGUUCCCUACAUUAAUGGCAAGUUUAAGAAAGAUGAUUAAACUGCUGCUCAUCUCUCUAAUGGAAGUGUUUAUGGACUGGACUGGGUGUAUUGGAUCCAUUCUUCCUCUUGAAGACCCUAGUCUGAUGUGAAUUUGAAAUGCUCAUUGUGGACUUCAGGAGAGGCUGUGAUGUUACUUUAUCUUCUACUGAACAGUUAUGAACAAUCAAAUUUAAUUUAACAUAUUGGCUGCACAAAUAUGUGAACUUGCUUCUGGGUCACUUUCACAAGCGGUAUUGUUCUGAUGGGCUGAAUUCAUAAAACAGAUGUACAAAAUAAAUCAUAAACUGAAUAACUUUUAUGAUAAAUGUUUACCUUUCCUCUUGGAAGCUGUUCUAAAGAAUGAGAUCUCCUUUGGGCUGCAUAUUACCAGCCUUUGGUAGUUCACUUGGGUUAUGUGGUGUAUAUUAAACUUAUUGCAUUCGUGAGUCAUAAAUUUAUGAGAAAUGGCUCUGGUCUUCAAACCAUUAUUGCAGUAACCUGGAACCAAUACCUGUGGACUCCUCUAAUGGUUAACUUUCUGUAACUGAUGCUGUAAAGUAGCAUGAUGACAAUUGAUUCCACUGAUUUAGUGUAGAUAACUUAAACUUCACUGUCCUACUGGCUAUUUCAGUACAACUAAAUUGAUUUAGUCUACCUUACCUUGUGAAAAAUAAAUUUGAGGGAACAGUGUAAUACCAGGAUACUUAUUAGAUGGAAAUGGAUUGAGCAGUUAAGGGGAGAUGGAGUUAGGAUUUGUGGUGGCCCAGUCCUUUGUGCUCUCAAGUAAAACAGCAGAAGCUUCAAACUUGGCAAGAAUCUUAACUGCUCAAGACUAAAAAUAUAUCCUCUUCCAUUACCAUUUAUGAAGACUUAUUUUUGCAUAUAUACACAGCAGCACUGUUUUUCUUUCAGUGUUUUAAUCUUUAAUUCUACCCUUCAGAAUCUUGCAUACGGCGAAUUACUUAAAUGGAGUCUUUACUAAACAGUUUUGAAGAUAUAUUCGUAUUUAGAUGCUGUGGAGGUGUUGUUUGUUUAGUUCAGGGCUGAAGGAUUUAAAUUGCAAGUUCGGUUCUCAACUUCAGGCUGCAAAGAGUGACCAGCACCUGAGCAAUUUAAUUUAAAUGGAGCCGUGAGAGAGG